GGACGUCACACAUCCUGAAACGUAGUUCUCAAACUGUUGGCCGAGCCCGAGUCCUCAUUUCGGAGGUUCAAGAUGAAGAUGCUGUUGUUUUUCCUAACCUUUGUGCUCGCCAGCGCUGCUGAUGAUGGCUGUCCUGAGCUCCAUCCUCCCAGAGUGGUGGUGAGACAUGGAGACCCAGUAUCAGUGAACUGCACCACGUCCACAGAUCACAGUGGGAUGGGCUGGGUAGCUCCAGUAGAUGACGUACCUAAUACACGUGGUGUGAAGUUUCUCACUUGGAGGGUGGAAAGUCUGACAAUCUGGGAUGUAAAGCCUCUGUGCUAUGCAAACCAAGGUCCAGGAAAACCUCAAUGUAGAGAACGUCUCUCAGUCACUGUGUACAAUCCCCCAGACAGUGUUUCUGUCAGUUCUAUGGUCCGCAUGGUGGAGGGGAGUCGGUACCCGCUGAAGUGUGAGAUCCAGAACAUCGCUCCUGUUCAGAACCUCACUGUGAAGUGGUACAAAGGGGACACAUUAGUACAUGAAGACAGAGACUAUGUCAUAGAAGAUGGAAAGUCUGACAGAGAAAAGGCACCUGUGAAUGUGUCCUCCACCCUCCUGAUCAUCCCCAGCAGAGCUGAUGAUGGAGCAGAGUACAGCUGUGAGGCAGAGCUGGACCUGGGAGCAGAAGGACCACAACCCCCCCUUGCAGUGAAAUCAACACCCCUCAAUAUCACUGUACACUACCCACCAGUAAUCAAAGAAGGGAACGUCAGUGUGACUGUACCCCAGGGUGGGACGGUGUCUCUGUACUGCAGCGCUGAGGGGAACCCCCCUCCUCAGGUCCAAUGGAGCUACAGAGAUGCUGAGAAUGUGAGGAUCACCAGCUCAUGGAGCAUCAGCACUGCUGUCAUCAGAGAAGCCUCGUCUGCCAAUGAAGGGGUUUACAACUGCACUGCCACCAACAGGCUGGGGAGUGACACAACAACAGCGUUUGUCACCGUGACCAGCACCAGCAACAUAGCCAGUUACAUCAUCCUCCCCAUCGUCAUCGCCAUCGGAAUUUUUCUAUGUAUCCUUAUAACUUACAAAACGAAUAAACGGAGAGGAUCAUACUCCGUUAUCAGAAUGCAGCAGAUUAUCACAGAAACAAAUGGAGCAGCGACGAGUCUGCCUGUUGCUAACGGGACACAGAACUAAGUUUUUCCAAAGACCUCAUCCAUGGGAUAGCGGAGGAAGCAGGGUUGCCAGGUUUGGUCAGCUGUCCGCAGUGAGAUUUUCAAUUCGAGAGAAGCCCACACCCUCAUUUACAUUAAUGUUAUAGUUUUAUUAUCUUGUAAAUAGUCUGUGGAGUUUGCAAACUAGCCCAACACAUUUGACAUAGCUAAUUUAUAAUGUAAUAAUACAGAUUUACCGUAAGAUUUCUUGCAUGAGCGUGAGAGUCUGAAAGCGUGAGUUUCACACCAGAUGAGUGAGAGCUGGCAACCCUGAGGAAGCAAUACCCGGGGAUAUGAAGCGAAGGAUAUUUUUAUUUGCAAGAAAAAACAGAAUAACAGGACAUUUUUAAGGAGUGUUUAACUGACUUUGCACAUCCACUUUUUAACUGAUAUUCGAACAUUCAUUCAAAUAUGACGUGAAAUAUUCUGAUUCAAACUAUAAUUAACCCAUUAAAAUUAUAGUGUCACUUUAGCCUAAAAGUGGAUUAGACUGUUUGUUGUAAUAUGAUUGUUGUCAAAUAUGACACUGUACAGACUGUAAAUAAAAUACUGAAAAUAA